AUGACCACAGUUGUACCUAAAAGUGACUCGUUGUGCAAGUUGACACAUAACAAACCUAUUACUCUCUUGCUCCAGACCAAACCCGUUCCAACCAUUCAUCUCCUCUCAGCCAAUCAGAAGCGGGGCGGGAGGGCGCUCGUCCAAUGGCGUGGCUCGCUGCCCCCUCCGGAGCCUCCCCCGGCCGCUUCUGCCGCUCUCUCAGCCCGCUGCACACCUCCUGUCACCGCCAUGUCCGACAAACUGCAGUACAAAGUCGCUGACAUCAGCCUCGCAGAAUGGGGACGUAAGGCCAUCGACAUUGCGGAGAACGAGAUGCCGGGCCUGAUGAAGAUGAGGGAGUUGUAUGGAGCCUCCAAGCCCCUGCAAGGAGCCCGUAUCGCAGGCUGCCUCCACAUGACGCUGCAGACCGCGGUCCUCAUCGAGACCCUCACUUCACUGGGGGCCGAGGUGCAGUGGUCCAGCUGCAACAUCUUCUCCACUCAAGACCAUGCAGCGGCCGCUAUCGCCAAGACCGGCGUCCCAGUGUACGCGUGGAAAGGGGAGACGGACGAGGAGUACGUGUGGUGUAUCGAGCAAACCAUUUACUUCAAAGACGGUCAUCCUCUGAACAUGAUCCUGGACGAUGGAGGAGACCUCACCAACCUGGUCCACACCAAGUACCCCAAACUGUUGGCAGGGAUCAAAGGUGUGUCUGAGGAGACGACCACAGGAGUCCACAACCUGUACAAGAUGAUGAAGAGCGGAGAACUGAAGAUCCCAGCCAUCAACGUCAACGACUCCGUCACCAAGAGUAAGUUUGAUAACUUGUAUGGAUGCCGUGAGUCCCUGAUCGACGGCAUAAAGAGAGCCACAGACGUGAUGAUUGCCGGGAAGGUGGCGGUGGUCGCUGGCUACGGAGACGUGGGCAAAGGCUGCGUGCAGGCGCUGCGGGGCUUUGGUGCGAGGGUCAUUGUCACGGAGAUCGACCCCAUCAACGCUCUGCAGGCAGCGAUGGAGGGUUACGAGGUGACGACGAUGGACGAGGCCUGUCAGGAGGGCAACAUCUUUGUCACCACCACCGGCUGCGAGGACAUCAUCAACGGACAUCAUUUUGAGCAGAUGAAAGACGACGCCAUCGUGUGCAACAUCGGACACUUCGACUGCGAGAUCGAUGUGGACUGGCUCAACAAGAACUGUGCGGCCAAGAUCAACGUCAAACCACAGGUGGACCGGUACCGGCUGAAAAAUGGGCGUCACGUGAUCAUUUUGGCCGAGGGUCGUCUGGUGAACCUGGGCUGUGCCAUGGGUCACCCGUCCUUCGUCAUGAGUAACUCCUUCACCAACCAGGUUAGGGUCGCCCCGACACGCUCUCACUGCUGCCUCACCGCCCCCGACACGCUCUCACUGCUGCCUCAUCACCCCCGACACGCUCUCACUGCUGCCUCAUUGCCCCCGACACGCUCUCACUGCUGCCUCAUCGCCCCCGACACGCUCUCACUGCUGCCUCAUCACCCCCGACACGCUCUCACUGCUGCCUCAUCACCCCCGACACGCUCUCACUGCUGCCUCAUCGCCCCCGACACGCUCUCACUGCUGCCUCAUUGCCCCCGACACGCUCUCACUGCUGCCUCAUCACCCCCGACACGCUCUCACUGCUGCCUCAUCGCCCCCGACACGCUCUCACUGCUGCCUCAUCGCCCCCGACACGCUCUCACUGCUGCCUCAUCGCCCCCGACACGCUCUCACUGCUGCCUCAUCGCCCCCGACACGCUCUCACUGCUGCCUCAUCACCGCCGACACGCUCUCACUGCUGCCUCAUCACCGCCGACACGCUCUCACUGCUGCCUCAUCGCCCCCGACACGCUCUCACUGCUGCCUCAUCACCGCCCCCGACACGCUCUCACUGCUGCCUCAUCACCCCCGACACGCUCUCACUGCUGCCUCAUCACCGCCCCCGACACGCUCUCACUGCUGCCUCAUCACCGCCCCGACACGCUCUCACUGCUGCCUCAUCACCGCCCCCGACACGCUCUCACUGCUGCCUCAUCACCCCCGACACGCUCUCACUGCUGCCUCAUCACCACCCCCGACACGCUCUCACUGCUGCCUCAUCACCCCCGACACGCUCUCACUGCUGCCUCAUCACCCCCGACACGCUCUCACUGCUGCCUCAUCACCCCCGACACGCUCUCACUGCUGCCUCAUCACCCCCGACACGCUCUCACUGCUGCCUCAUCACCGCCCCCGACACGCUCUCACUGCUGCCUCAUCACCGCCCCCGACACGCUCUCACUGCUGCCUCAUCGCCCCCGACACGCUCUCACUGCUGCCUCAUCGCCCCCGACACGCUCUCACUGCUGCCUCAUCACCCCCGACACGCUCUCACUGCUGCCUCAUCACCCCCGACACGCUCUCACUGCUGCCUCAUUACCGCCGACACGCUCUCACUGCUGCCUCAUCGCCCCCGACACGCUCUCACUGCUGCCUCAUCACCGCCCCCGACACGCUCUCACUGCUGCCUCAUCAUCACCCCCGACACGCUCUCACUGCUGCCUCAUUACCGCCGACACGCUCUCACUGCUGCCUCAUCGCCCCCGACACGCUCUCACUGCUGCCUCAUCACCGCCCCCGACACGCUCUCACUGCUGCCUCAUCACCGCCCCCGACACGCUCUCACUGCUGCCUCAUCACCCCCGACACGCUCUCACUGCUGCCUCAUCAUCACCCCCGACACGCUCUCACUGCUGCCUCAUUACCGCCGACACGCUCUCACUGCUGCCUCAUCGCCCCCGACACGCUCUCACUGCUGCCUCAUCACCGCCCCCGACACGCUCUCACUGCUGCCUCAUCACCGCCCCCGACACGCUCUCACUGCUGCCUCAUCACCCCCGACACGCUCUCACUGCUGCCUCAUCGCCCCCGACACGCUCUCACUGCUGCCUCAUCACCCCCGACACGCUCUCACUGCUGCCUCAUCACCCCCGACACGCUCUCACUGCUGCCUCAUUACCGCCGACACGCUCUCACUGCUGCCUCAUCGCCCCCGACACGCUCUCACUGCUGCCUCAUCACGCUCUCACUGCUGCCUCAUCACCCCCGACACGCUCUCACUGCUGCCUCAUCGCCCCCGACACGCUCUCACUGCUGCCUCAUCGCCCCCGACACGCUCUCACUGCUGCCUCAUCGCCCCCGACACGCUCUCACUGCUGCCUCAUCGCCCCCGACACGCUCUCACUGCUGCCUCAUCACCGCCGACACGCUCUCACUGCUGCCUCAUCGCCCCCGACACGCUCUCACUGCUGCCUCAUCACCGCCACCGCUGCUUUCACUGAGUCUGAAUCUGUGUUUGUAGUCUACUUCCUGCCAAAGAGGUUGGACGAACAGGUGGCAGCUGCACAUCUGGACAAACUUUGUGUGAAACUCACCAAACUGUCGGAGAAACAGUCCAAAUACCUGGGUCUGCCCCAAGAGGGUCCCUUCAAACCGGACCACUACCGCUACUGA